CAAACGAAUGGAUAGCAUUGGAAACACGUAAACUCAACUCAGCCAACACCCAAAUCCAUGGCUUUGGUUGCACACUGAAACUCCCAGCAUCGUAGUCAAAGCCCCAACGCCUAAUCACACUCCGAAUUCAAAACUCCGCUGUAUAUUCUCUUCUCACCUUCCCUUCUCUGCUUCCCCGUGCCCACUAGACUAUAUAUAUCUAUAUUUAUAUAAAGCAACAGACACCGAUUCACCCAUGGCUUCCACUACGAAUCCAUUGCUCUCUUCAACCUUCUUCGGCACCCAAAUCCCACUUUCUCCCCCAACCCCCAAAACCACCAAGUUUUUGGCAUUUCUCUCCAGGAAGAGGUUUUUAAUUCCACAAUCUUCAGGCCUUCCUAGAAAACCCAGAAAUGCUUUGCCUUCUGAAGCAACUUUGGCUGCUCUGCUGAUUUCUUCAAUCACUCCUCAGGCCCUCGCCGUUGACUCCACUGGCCCGCCGAAUCCGCCGCCGGUGGUUCAGGCCGAAGCCCAAAGACCGGCCAAUUCAUCGCCGUUUUCUCAGAAUCUGCUCUUGACGGCUCCGAAACCCCAAGCCCAGACGGCUUCUGACCUUCCGGAAGGAUCCCAAUGGCGGUACAGCGAGUUCCUGAACGCCGUCAAGAAGGGCAAGGUCGAGAGGGUUCGGUUCAGCAAAGAUGGCGGCAUCCUCCAGCUCACAGCCGUGGACGGCCGCCGCGCCACCGUGGUUGUCCCCAACGACCCCGACCUCAUCGAUAUCCUGGCCAUGAACGGCGUCGAUAUCUCCGUUUCCGAGGGGGAUUCCGGCAACGGGUUGUUCAAUUUCAUCGGUAACUUGCUCUUCCCUUUCCUCGCCUUCGCCGGGCUGUUCUUCCUCUUCCGCCGUGCCCAGGGCGGCCCUGGUGGCCCCGGCGGGCUCGGAGGGCCGAUGGACUUCGGCCGCUCCAAAUCCAAGUUCCAGGAAGUCCCGGAGACUGGCGUCACAUUCGCCGACGUAGCCGGCGCCGAUCAGGCCAAAUUGGAAUUGCAAGAAGUAGUCGAUUUCUUGAAAAACCCGGAUAAGUACACCGCUCUCGGAGCCAAAAUUCCAAAAGGAUGUCUCUUGGUCGGGCCGCCGGGUACCGGAAAGACCCUAUUGGCGAGAGCCGUCGCUGGAGAGGCUGGAGUGCCGUUCUUCUCCUGUGCAGCAUCAGAAUUUGUUGAGCUUUUUGUGGGUGUUGGAGCAUCGAGAGUUCGGGAUUUGUUCGAGAAGGCAAAGUCCAAGGCCCCUUGCAUUGUGUUCAUAGAUGAAAUUGAUGCUGUGGGGAGGCAGAGAGGGGCAGGGCUUGGAGGUGGAAAUGAUGAGAGAGAGCAGACUAUUAAUCAGCUGUUGACAGAGAUGGAUGGUUUUUCGGGUAAUUCAGGUGUGAUUGUGUUGGCUGCGACUAACCGGCCUGAUGUUCUUGAUUCGGCAUUGUUGAGGCCUGGAAGGUUCGAUCGUCAAGUGACAGUUGACAGGCCUGAUGUUGCUGGUAGAGUGAAGAUCCUGCAGGUGCACUCCAGGGGAAAAGCGCUUGCGAAGGAUGUGGACUUUGAGAAGAUUUCCAGAAGGACCCCAGGUUUCACGGGAGCUGAUCUGCAAAACUUGAUGAAUGAGGCAGCCAUUCUGGCAGCCAGGCGUGACCUCAAGGAAAUUAGCAAAGAUGAGAUUUCCGAUGCUCUGGAGAGAAUAAUUGCAGGACCGGAGAAGAAAAAUGCUGUGGUCUCAGAUGAGAAGAAGAGAUUAGUUGCUUAUCAUGAGGCUGGGCAUGCAUUGGUUGGUGCACUUAUGCCUGAAUAUGAUCCGGUUGCCAAGAUAUCAAUAAUUCCUCGUGGCCAAGCUGGAGGUCUUACCUUCUUUGCGCCCAGUGAAGAGAGGCUGGAGUCCGGGCUUUACAGUAGGAGCUACCUGGAGAACCAGAUGGCCGUUGCACUUGGCGGAAGGGUUGCGGAAGAGGUUAUUUUUGGUGAAGAGAACGUAACAACAGGAGCAUCGAACGACUUCAUGCAAGUUUCAAGGGUCGCCAGGCAGAUGGUGGAGAGAUUCGGCUUCAGCAAAAAGAUUGGACAGGUUGCCAUAGGAGGACCCGGUGGAAAUCCCUUCCUCGGCCAACAGAUGUCCUCCCAAAAGGAUUAUUCAAUGGCAACUGCAGAUGUGGUUGACUCCGAGGUGAGGGAACUGGUAGAGGUGGCGUACUCCAGGGCCAAGCAGCUCAUCACAACCCACAUCGACAUCCUCCACAAGCUUGCUCAGCUCCUCAUUGAGAAAGAAACUGUUGACGGAGAGGAGUUCAUGAGCCUCUUCAUUGAUGGCAAGGCUGAGCUAUACGUUGCCUAAUUUAUCACUUCUUCUGUUACGUGUAUGUCACCAUAGAGACUCAUAGGUUUGUUUUUGAACCAACAUAUAUUAUAUAUAAUGUACAUGUAAAAACACUUUUCUUAUUUCUUCAUCAAAUUCAGGGAAAAAAAAUGACAAUUGACAUA